UGUUUAGUCGAGAGCUCAUAAGGUUCGUGUAGGCGAGGGGACGAUUCCAGUCUGAUUCUGACCUUGGUGGUAAACACUCUACACCAACGCGACGACGAGAGGGAACGUGUAUAAUUUGAAUAAUCUUCGUAAUAAUUCAGUCGUGACAAAUUAAUACCAAGGGUCGAAAUGAAGGCGUUUCUCGUUUCCACUCUGCUCUUCGGUUUGGGUGUGGUGUCCUGUUUGGGGGCGAAGGGGUCAAAGGCGUCGUCCUCAUCGGCAAGUGCGGGACAAAUUCCGGCCUCCGCAUCGUCCGGAUAUAGCCAACCAAUCGUGCCGAGUUAUGCGGUCCCGGCGCAAGUCGUGUCGCCAGGGAGGCAUGAUUACUACGGUCAGCCGAUGAUGGCUGCCUCCACGCAGGCGGAUUAUUACCAGCCGAUGGAUCAACCUUACGUCGCUGCAUCGCCAGGAUAUGCCCCCUCCGUCGGAAGUCCCGUCUACGCCCGUCACCACCAAGCCGCCCCACUAUCUGGGGGGUACUACGAACCCGUCCCCCAAAGUUCGGGUCAUCACCACCACUACCCAAUCAAGCGAGGUCACGGGUGGGGCGGGGGGCAUGGUGGGGAACUUGACAAGCUGGCCCUUCUCAUCCCACUCAUCUUGAUCCCACUCCUUCUCUGUUGGCCAUACUUCAUCUACGCCGCCCAGCACCAUCACCACCCCGUCGUUUACGCUGCACCCGGCUGGAAACGGUCCGGGGAUGGGAAGGCUCCCACCGUGAAGGAAGCCAAGGACAAGAAGAUGGACGAACUCACGGAGAAAAUCUUGCCAAAACUUAAGGAUUAAAAAAUAAAGUGAAGGGACGCUACACGGACGGAAGAGACAUUGCUAAUUUAUGCGACAACCAUGACCAAACCCGCGUGAGAGACAUCUCGUAGAUUUUCCCAAUAAUACGUAAAUAAUAUGGACAAAAAAUUAGUGCUUAUUGGGAAGAGACGACUUACACUAUCGUAACCUACAUAAAUUACAUACGGCGAGAAAUCAGAGGGGUGAAUGUUGCGUGAGAGAUGGAAUUGACCUGUGACCUGCUACCAAAUUCGUAGGAUGAGAACAAAUGACGCUUUUUACCUCAAAAUUCUGAAUUGCUCAUAAAUCACAAAUCAUUUAUUUUUAUGUAUGUCUUAAAUUCUUGUACAACUGCAAUUCUCACCUAGCUAAAAGACAAGACUUGUUUUAUUAUUUCCUCUCGUAUUUUACACCAUGAUUCAAAACGAGAUUAGAUUAAAUCUUGGGUACAAAAUUUUUUUUAGUAGGAUAGAAAAAUGACCCAACUAAAUAACCGAAUUGGACCAGAAAGAAUUUUUUUAUGAGUGACGCGACCUCGACAAUUUUGUUGACAUUUUGAACUUACGAGCUAAAUUAUUGUUUUUUUACAUGUUGAUAAUUUAUUUUUAUUGUUGCCUAAUUUUAUGAAUUUUUGUUUAUGUGGAAUUUAUGACUGAUAACAAGUAUGUUGUGCGAAUGUUUUUGAUACUGUUACAUUUUUAUAAUGCUCACGUUUUAGGUAGUACACGCAGGUAAUUGUGUGUGAUUGAUAGCGUGUUACUUAUUAAGUAUGUACUCGAUUAUUUACUUCAUCAUUCCCCCUGUUAGUUGAUUAAGUAGUGGAUGUGUUCAUUUUUUGGUAAAAAAAUGUGAGCAUCAAUUAAAUGAGGUGGUGAUAUGCAAGUGUGAAAUUGUUAAUAAAGGAUUGGAUCAUUUAUUUUUGAUAUGGAAAAAUA